UGACAGCUGGGGAAUCCUCAGCUUCUGUGUAGUUGGGCUCAUAAGGACCAAUGUGUUGGUACCAAGGCUGUUGCUUUAAUAGGCAGUGGUCCACUUUUCUUUAAGUCCUUUUGCUUCAAAUUUUUGGGAAUCUGAUAAAGGCUUUAGCUGCUCUCCUUAGACCAAAAAACUUUCCUCUACUCCCCUUGUUCCUUCUCUGCACACUUAUUUUUACUUUUAUUAUUUUUUGAGGCAGAAUCUUACUGUGUCACCCAGGCUGAAGUGCAGCGGCGUGAUCACAGCCCCCUGCAACCUUGACCUUCCGGGCUCAAGGGAUUCUCCCAUCUCAGCCUCCCGAGUAGCUGGGACUAUAGGUGCCAGCCACCAUACCUGGCUAAUUUUUGUUGCUGUGUUGUUUUAGUAGAGACGAGGUCUCGCCAUGUUGCCCAGGCUGGCAUGCUUUAAGGUACAGUUUCCAGAGGAGGUGGAGGAGCAGCCUUCAGAGGCCUGUCCUGACCCUAAGGUGACCAGCCUCUGGGUUUCCAGAUGAGCAGCUUUGGCACACAGGUCAGAGGCCAGGUACAGUGGGCACUUUGUUAGUAUCGCUUCAUGUCAACUCAUCCACCUGAAGAGGACAGCGUUUGAGGUAGAGAUUGCUAUGUUUUCACCAAACCCUGGUUCAUUGGCUUCCUCCUGGGCAUGCAGCUGGACUGCAUUUCCCAGCCUCCCUUGCAGCUGGGAGUGGCCACAUGACCCGGCUCUGGCCUGUGCAACGGGAGCUGAAAUGAUGUGGCUCCUCUGCUCCUGGUUUAGCUUGGUCCACAAGCAUCCUUCCAUGCUAUCCUCCAUGCUCCCUCUUUCUUCUCCCACAUGGUUGCAGCAGAGGAGGAUAAGGCCUUAGGUGAUGACAGGGUCACAGGGUGAAGGGGCCCGGGCCCCUGAGUGACCACAUGGAGCAGAGCCCUUGCCCCUCCCUCCACCAGCCCCCAGGAGACUGUAAUGCAAGCAAGAAAUAAACUUCUCUUCGGGGGCUGUUUCUUACAUUUGUUAUGACUAAGUCAACAUUUUCAUCAUCCCCAUCCAGGGGAAGUCCUUUUCCACUGAAAAGGAAUCCAUCUCAGGGCUCCUUUAAAAUAGAGAGCUCCUCCAGUGCCUUUGGCCUGGGAUCCCUGAAGCUGGAGAGUGUCUGCCUCCGGCCCUGAACCUAGCGCCUGCCUGAACCUCAGGGCAUCUUCUCUGGGGCUCUGAUUUACGGUGACUCUGGGCUUCACCCCUUGCCCUCAGGUUCCCACCCCUGCUUUCCUCCUUCCUCGUGUCUGUAGUCUGUGGCCUUCUUCUUCCAUCCUGCGGCCUCCCAUUUACUUUGACCAUUGUCUGGGGUUGAAAGACCAAGGUUCAGGGGUCAGGUGUAUCUAUUUUUUUCCCUUCUCCCUGACAAAUUGCUCCCUGUGGGCAGGGCCCGCGCUGGCUCACUGUGAACUUCCUCCUACACAGUAGAAGGUUGAGCACACAGGGGCCGCUUCUGGAACGCCACAUUCUUUGCAGUUCCACAGUGUGGAAGGCCCUGAGGGGGUUGCUCCCAGGAUCCCAUGUUCCCUGGGGCACUCGGAUUCCAAAGAGAGAAGCCGGCCUCUGUUUCCGGCUCAUUUCCUAAGUGAGCCACUGCAGGGCUCCAGAAAGGUGGAGUCCAGGCAGCUGGCUCUGGCCUCUUUUCCCAGCUACACACAGCAUCCUGGCCCCUGUCCACAGCCCCUCCAUGUCUGGCAGACCAAGAGACAGGUCUAAUGCCCUGCCCAACCUAUCCCCACUGUGGGAAACUCUUUCCAUCACCCUUCCUCCCAGCGGGGACCACUUUCCACCUUUUAAAUAAUUAAGUUGGUCUCCAAACCACCAGUUACCAAACCCUUCUGCCCUUGGUAAUCUUCCAAAAAAUUUACAACAACAACUCUCCUUGCUGUGUGCCAGGCCCCAGGCUAAGCCACUUAUACCCUAGAUACCAAUCCCUGGGGAUGGAUGUCAUCAGUAUCCCCAUUUGACAGAUAAGGAAGGUGAGGUUCAAAGGGCCUCCUGCCCCCUGUCGCCCCCGCCCUGGCCCUGUACCAGCUUCGAAUGCAGUGGCAGGGGGCCACGAUCUUGUGCCCAGGCCUGGUUCUCCUACCCCCAGCAGCGGGAGAGAAUGCCGGGGAGGCACGAGGCCGAUCCCUCCCCAGGGGGCUCCCACAGCUCCCAAGCUCACUGACACUUGGGUUUCCUUCCUCUCCUCUGGCCCUCCCCUGGCCCCCUCUGCUGCACCCCCAGCUUGUCCCACCCACCCUUGAGCUCGACCCCUCUCCCUCCCCGGUUCCCACCAUCAAAAGCGCCUGCUGCGGGGCUUGGCUCUGUUUGGUUUCUCCAGAGCCUGCCCAGGGAGCUCUGCCUCUCGGAGGUUGUGUGCUCACUUUGCAAAACAGCAGAAAUUUAUAGCCCAAGUAAUUGAUCACGGCGCUUCUGCCUCCCUCCAUCUCUCUCGGGCUCCUAAUUCCCUUCUCCCGCUCUUCUCUUUUUUCUCAGCGCGCCAUCUGUGGUGUCAGAGAAAAGGAAGCCAAAAGUGGGGGGGUGUUUCUAGUCCCAGUUCUGCCAAUUACGAGUCACAUGAACCUCAGUUUCCCCAUCCGCAAAACGGAGAAGCUAAUAAUACCUGCUCACAAGUGUGCCGGGCCCGUGGAGGCCGGGGCCGGGAGGAGCACCCAGACGGAGUGACUUCUGGCCCUGAGCCACCCUGUGGGGGUGCAGGGUGGGGUGGGGGCCCACCUUCCCAGUGGGGACACUGGGGCCAAGAGAGCUCGAGCCAUCCACUCAGGGUCGCAGAGCUGGUAAACAGCAGCCCUGGGGCUUGAACCAGGUGAGUUGUACCUCAAAGCCGGAACCAUUAGGCCACACUCCCCCGACGCCGGCCCCAGGGCCCAUCAGAAAACAGGUGAGCCUCACCAGGCCUCCCAGACCCCUAUUUCACUCCAUUCUGGAGCUAACUGUGGGGCAGAAGGAGAGGCCACUGGGGCAAAGGGAACACUUUGCAAAUUGUAGAGAGCCGCGAGGAUGGAAGGAAACUUCACAAUCAUUCCCAUCACUCUUCAGCGCCGGCCCCCCUGGAUCAGACCCCUCCACUGUCUGGGAGACUCACUGGGACCUAAGAGCUUCCCUGGCCCUCAGUUGCUGUCUCUCCCUCCAGAGAAGCUGUAUGAAUAGCGGCCUCCCUCCGGCCAGGCCCCUACACCUGCCAGCCUCCAGGAAGGCCCACAGAACCUUCCAGAACAACUCACAAAUGACCCUGAAGAGCACUUCACUCGCCCUUCCGUGGCAGAUGAGGCAGCAGACCUGGGAGGGGAGGCCCAGGUUCCCGGCCCGAGCUCUGGGGGGCCCGGGGCUGGAAACUCCCCUCUGAGCCCCACUCCAGGGCGGGGCUGAGGCCAUUCCUGACCCCUUCUGUUCGGUUCUGGGGGAUGGGGGACGAGUGCUUCCAGGGGGGAAGUGCUUGUCUUUUUCCCCCUCCGCCCUCAGUCUAGCUUGUCUCUGCCUGUGUACGUCUCUCUGUCUCUCGCUGUCUCUGUGUGUGUCUUUCUCUCCAAGCCCCCAGCCCGCAGGUACGGGCUUGCUUCCACCCGUGCGUGGCCCCCAAGACUGAGCACAGCUCCUCGGGUGUUUGCAUCCAAGGUGCCCACAGCGCCCCGGCCUCCUCCCUUCCCCAUGGCAGCCCCGGGGGUUGCUCUGGGCAGGGCGGUCCGCAGCUCGGGGGCGGCGGGCACGUUCUGUUCCCCGCUUUCGGGCGGGGACCGCAGGCUCCAGCCCCGGCGGCUGCCUGCUCCCGCCUGGCUGGCGGAGAUGAGAGCCGGCUGCAGGGCUGGGAGCGAGGCAGCAGCACACAGAACAAACAGAAUUUUUUUUUGCAACUAGAGGGGGAAGCACAGAGCUAAAAAUAAAACGAAAAGAUCAGUAUCUGUCAGUCUGACAGCUGAUUGGCUGCUCGGAGAUGCAUAUAAUUACCAGCAACUGGCGCUGGGUAGGCAAAGCCGGGAGAAACUGCUGAGACGAGGUUAGGAUUUAACCUUUAAAUUCUGGAGCCAUCGGAAACCGAGGGGAGGACGACGGGUGUCGGUGCUAAUGAGGCUGGGGGCGGGCGAUGCGCGGUGGGCCUCCGAGUCCGGGGCAGGUCUCGGGGGUUCCCCGGGGAAGGCCCUGGGAGCCCUUGGCCCUGGCGGCCUCCGCCAUCAGACUGGGAAUGUCUCUGAUUGGGCGGCCAGGAGGCGGUGGCCCUCCUCCCCGCCCAGCUGAGGGGUGUCGUCUUCCGCGAAGUUAGGGUCUCACCUGGGAGGCAAGGAGGGAGGGGGCUGCCUGAGGCCCUGGGCCCCUCUCGGGACUGGCGCACCCCGUCUCACCCACAUUCCUUCGCCUUUCCCUGCCCAGUGUGGAUUUCCAAAACCCAUCCCCGCUCCCCUCCUUCCUUCACCCCAAGUCACCCCUGUUCCCAGCUCUGUUUCUUGCCCCACCCAGGGAGGGCUUUUCCGCACCUCAGGCUUGUCCUAGGGCCCCCAGACAGACAAAAACUGCGGCAGUUGAGGGGUGUUGUGCUCUCCCUAAGCCUCAAUUUCUUCAUCUGUUAAAGGCAGGUGAUGAAAAUUGGGCCUACCUGGCUGCUGGUCAAAUGCCAGGGCUGCUGUGGGCCCAGCCUUGCAUGUUGACUCUCACCUGAGCCAGGAGUCAGGAGAUCGGGGUUCUAGUCCAGCUGGGAAUUGUCCCAGUGUGAAUUGGGAGUAAGAGUUCCUGCCCUCUGACCUCUCCAGGUGGCAGCGGGGACCACGUGAGAUGGCGUAUGUGGCCUUGAGCGAUAAAUCUCACCUGUGGGGGGAGGUGGGCGAGGAAGCCUGCAGCUCCUUGAACCCACCACUUUUCUCUCCCAGGCCCUUGCCCAGGCUGUGGCCUCUGCCUGGAACCCCUUUUCUUCCCAUCCGAGCCCUUCCCUUCAGUGCCUCUUCCUCUGGGAAGUCCUCUCUGGUGCCCAGCCCGUCCUCUUCUGCCCACUCUGGGUUUCGCACCCCAUGCUUAGGCCCUGAUUGCCUGCUUUGCACACAGGGCUGUGAGCUCCAUGAGGGCAGGAACCACAUGGCUGUUCACAGCUGUGUUGCCAGGGCCUGGCCUGGAGCCCCUCAGGAAGUGAGACAUCUGAAUCCUCUGCUCUGUGACCCUGGCAGCCAGGUAGAGCCAUCUUGGCCAUGGCACCCAGGCUUGGAGCAAGCAGCAGCCUCAUGGGUGGGGAACCACGUUUCCCCAGCACAUCGGCAGGCCCUAAGGGGACAUUCGCUUGGCUCUGCCGUCAGAGCACUGAUGCCCGGGGGACACUGCCCUUUGUGUGUCCCACCUAAGAGAGGAUGCAGCCUUAGAGGGGGCAGGGGUAAACAUGGUCCCAGGCCCUGUUGUCCCCUCCUAAGAAAGUUCCCAGUUCUGCCUGUCCAUCCCUGGCCUUUUCCCUGUGCUGUCUGGGACAGUGGGUGGAGCUGCCGCUGAGCGGUGGGACCUAGAAAACACAUACUGACCUAUAGGAGGCACUGCCCAGAGCUCCUAACUGGGGUGGGGUGCAAAGGAAAGGUGGGUGAGGGAGGCAGAGAGAAAUCAUAUUAGUAGCCCACACGUCAAUAGUCUAGCUGUGUGCCUGCCUCUCUCAUGCACUUCAUGGGGAUUAUUUCCUAGAAUUCCCACAAGAGCCCCUUGCAGGUGGUGCGAUUGUUAGCUAUAAUUUGAAGAUGAGGAAACUGAGGCACAGAGUAGUUAAGCAAUGCACCCAGGAGCCCACAGCUAGGGAGGACAGAGGCUGGAUCCAGCCCAGUCCCCUGUCUCCUGGGGCCAGGCCCGGCGCUCCCACCUCUCUGAUAAGGAUAAAAAGGAGGGAGCGGGAAGGGAGAUAUUCCAGAGGCAACUACCAUGAGACCUCCCGGCAGAGAGGCUUGAAAACGUCUUUUGUGUGUGGUACGCAAACCAUUUCCCCUUUGGUGUCUCUUUGAAAGAUUUCGGGAAGAUUUAAACUUUUUUUUCAAUGAUUUGGGGAUGUCAGACUGGUGUUUUUUUGAGGGUGACACCGUGAUGAGACUGGCCCCCAAGGCAGCCCCGUUUUACUCAGGUUAUGGUAAUAGAACUUCUGCAGCCUCAAAAGCAGCUUCCGCCGACUGAGCGCUCACCCCGGGGUCCGUGCUGGACUCAGCCUUGACUCGGAUGCCCACCCUGAGCCCCACCCGAGAAAGGGAUUAUUUCAUCCCUGCAUUAUUUCCUUACAGCUGAUGGCAGAAUCUGCUCAUCUCCAAAUUCGCUGUCUCCCCAUUAGGAGUGAGCUUGGUGAGGGCUCCAAUCUGGUCUCUCCCGUUCAUUGCUGAGUCCCUGGCACCCAGCAUCAGCCCCGCAUGGAGCAGCUAGUCAAUAAAGCUUUGCUGGACACAUUUCAGAUGAAGAGACUGAGGGUCAGAGAGGUCACACGGCUUGCUUGGAAGAAACAUCAGAUUUGUCUGGCUCAAGAGUCCACUUCUGGCUCCCACCUCACACAGUUGCUUAAGACACCCCCACCCCAAGAGAGCCUCAGAGCCUGAGUCUUCCCCGCCUCCGCCCAUUCUCAGGCCCUUAUACUAAAACCAGUGAGGCCUCUGAACUGCUGUCUGCCCCCGCAACCUUUUCCUUGCUUAUCUGGGAAUCAGGCAAAAGUUGGCCGGAGUUAGCUCAGUCUCAGAGAAGCUGCAUUCUUCUAGAGUCACUCGGUUUUGCGUGACCUGAUUCAAAAUUUCCAUCUUUGUCACUUUGAUUCCCACUCUGAGAAGUUUUCUCAGUACAUAUAACCUUACUAUGUGAUGACUGGCCUGGGUAUUCAUAUGUGCACUUGUUACCUGUUGCUUAUCUCCUGGGGGACCCCUGGUUCAGAGGGGUUUAAGCAGGUGUCCUGGUGAGACCGGGGUUAUCAUCAGAGACUCUCAGGGUUAGAGCUUGGCCCUGCCACUGAGUGGCCUUGGGAGUCUCAUUUGACGUCUCUGAACCUUGGAUUCCUCACUUGUGAAAUGGGGACAGGUUGAGUUCCUGCAUGGAAAGUGUCUUGCUUGAUGUCUCGCCAAAAGACCAAAACUGCCGUCACUCACUGCCGGAGAGGCCCUGCACGUGGAUAUUAGAGUUUGCUGGGUUUUGUUUGUCCUGAGUGAAUGUCUGUCCAUAUACAGGCUGAUGGAUUUUAUAGCUGUAAGGUCCCUAACACAAUCAAUCUCUCUCCUCAAAAGACCAAGAGCAUGCCUGGACUCAGAGAGCACCGUGUGUGGGGGGCUGGCGUGGGCACGUGUCCGCAGCUGGGACUGGCUUCUAGGGUUCUGGGCUCAGGCAGGAGGGCGGGGUCCCAGGAGAUCAUCUCUCUCUCCUUACCCUGGAGCCUUUGGAAGUUGGUUUCCAAAUGUCCUGAAUUCCUGUUCAUUAAUAUGUGGCCCAGUACAGUGCUUGUCCCGGCAGCAGGAGCUUGGUUGGUGUGAGUCUGCUGGGGAAUGGGAUAAAGCAGAGAAAUGUCAAGCUUUCCCUUAAAAACAAAAAACAAAAGCAAACCCUCACAUCUCCCACCAAUAACACACCAUUGUUAUCCCUGUACUUAAGACAUGUUGUUGCCAGGCAUGGUGGCUCACACUUAUAAUCCCGACACUUUGGGAGGCCGAGGCGGGUGGGUCACCUGAGGUUGGGAGUUUGAGACCAGCCUGACCAACAUGGAGAAACCUCGUCUCUACUAAAAAUACAAAAUUAGCCGGGCAUGGUGGUGCAUGCCUGUAAUCCCAGCUGCUGGGGAGGCUGAGGCAGGAGAAUGGCUGGAACCCGGGAGGUGGAGGUUGUGGUGAGCUGAGAUCGCACCAUUGCCCUCCAGCCUGGGCAACAAGAGCAAAACUCUGUCUCAAAAAAAAAAAAAAAAAAGAAAAGAAAAGAAAGAAAGAAAUGUUAUUUUGGAAAAACAUCUGCCUGAACUCCAGGCAGUACCAGCACCUUCCUUGUGUCCAGCGUUGCAUGGGGAGUGCCAGACAGCAAGGCCCCACUUGUGGGCAGGUCUGUGCGCUGUGACAUGCCAGCCUCUUCACAGCCCAGGUCAUCCUCACCUCCACCCCAUGAGGUGCAACUAGAUGAAACUGCCACUUCCCAGAUAAGGAAGAUGCACAGGGAGCUAAGAGGCCCGGCUGAAGGUCCCACAGUGAGAAAAGUCAGUAGCCCAGCUGUGGGCCUGAGCCCCGGGUGCUCCAGUGGGCAGGAUGGAGUCCUGGUCUUCAGCAAGGCUCAGCUUGGUGGGGGAGACACAUCCCCGACCCCAGACAGACUUUGAGUUCUGGCAGCUGGGCACUGGGGGAGCUUUCUGGGAACAAGCGUGAACCACACAUGGUCCCUGCCCUGGAGUCGCUUACAUCUCCCAGGAGAGGGGGAUACAUCCACAGACUGUGAACACAUGGGCCUAAGAGGGGCCACCCAGGGCUGCAGAACUGAUCCAUCCCAUACAAAAUCACUGAAAAGACCUCCACAGACCUUGCUUAAAAAUAGUCUUCUUGGCCAGGUGCAGUGGCUCACGCCUGUGAUCCCAGCACUUUGAGAGGCUGAGGUGGGUGGAUCACCUGAGGUCGGGAGUUCAAGACCAGCCUGGCCAACAUGGGAAAACCCCGUCUCUACUAAAAAUACAAAAAAUUAGCCGGGUGUGGUGGCGGAUGCCUGUAAUCCCAGCUACUCGGGAGGCUGAGGCAGGAGAAUCGCUUGAACCUGGGAGGCAGAGAUUGCUUUGAGCUGAGAUCACGCCGCUGCACUCCAGCCUGGGCAAUGGAGCAAGACUCCGUCUCAAAAGUCUCCUGGCGGUGUGUCCCCAUCAGAGUUCAGGUCGUUCAUUGUGAAUGGAUGGUGCAUCUUUUACAUCUCAAAGUGGACUCCUUUUUAAGCCAUAUUUGAAACCCAGUUGGCUUUCCCUUCCCAAGAAUGUCCUGGCCCAUGGUCCUGGAGACCUCUGAACCUGGGUGUCGAGCUACUAGACACGUAAAAACCAUUUCUAAGUACCCCUUGUGGGCCAGGCUUAUACCUGUAAUGCCAACACUUAGGGAGGCUGAGGCAGGAGGAUUACUUGAGCCCAGGAGUUUGAGACCAGCUUGGGCAACAGGGUGAGACCCUGUGUCUACAAAGAGUAAGAUGAUUAGUGGAACAUGCUGGUGCACACCUGUAGUCCCAGCUACUUGGAGGCUGAGGUAGGAAGAUCACUUGAGCCUGGGAGGUUGAGGCUGCAGUGAGUCUUGAUUGUGCCACUGCGCUCCAGCCUGGGCAACACAGUUAGAUCCUGUCUCAAAAAAAAAAAAAAAAAAAAAAAAAAAAAGAAGCCCUUGUGUCCCUCCCCUGCAAUCCUGUGCUGUGCCCAGAGGUGGCUUCCAGUCCAGAAUGGAGAAGACGCAUUCCGGCCGUCAUGGGCUCUGGGGACCCCACCUCCUCCAGGCUGCUGGCAGAUGGAGAAAAUGUGUCUGGGGCAGAGGCUGCGAGCUGAAGUUGCCAGUUGAUAGCAGCACCUGCUGUAUCCAUCUGACCUUCCAGCUCUCACCUUUAACCUUUGCACUCUCCCGACCAGUAUCUGCAAGGCCUCCAAUCUCCUGUGGUUGUGGGGUGGAAGUGAGAGGGGUAGGGGAGGGAAGAGGUCUGCCUGGGAGGAGCCAGGGAAAGCAGCUGGGGUGGAAGCCCCACAGAGACCCCACUCCCUGGAAUGCUUCUGGGCUGGCCGCACCCCCACGCUUGGUGCAGGUUUCUACAAGAAAUUCAAAUGUGUCUGCGGCUGGAUUCUGCCAGGCUCCCCUGAAACCUGCAAACAAGAGCCCACAUGUCCUCGAGGACAGCUUGCAAGAGAACGGGGGGCGAGGAGCAUCUAGUGAAAACCCAGGAUGAGUGCACGAGGUGCCCCUUCCCCCCAGGAUGAGUGCACGAGGUGCCCCUUCCCAUCCUGGGCGUCACAGGGCAGCCUGUGGCCGCCCCCAUCGCCAGCAGGGCUGGGUGGGAGUGGGGAAACAAAGACUUUAUUUUAAAGAAAAGAUGGGCCAGGCGUGGUGGCUCACGCCUGUAAUCCCAGCACUUUCGGAGGCUGAGAUGGGCGGAUCACGAGGUCAGGAGUUCGAGACCAGCCUGGCCAACAUGGUGAAACCCUGUCUCUACUAAAGAUACAAAAAAAAUUAGCCAGGCGUGGUAGCACAUGCCUGUAAUCCCAGCUACUUGGGAGGCUGAGGCAGGAGAAUCGUUUGAAUCCAGGAGGUGGAGGUUGCAGUGAACUGAGAUCGCGCCAUUAUACUCCAGCCUGGGCAACAGGGUAAGACUCCGUCUCAAAAAAAAAAAA